UCUCCUGACGACUGACACGCUUAUUACUUUCGACUCCACGCCUCUUCUCUAACCUGCUUCAGAGUAAUUGAUAUCGAUAUCAAGCUAAACAUUGGAAAUCUACCGAGACGAAGAGGUUGUUCGCAGUAAUAGACACAGAAUGGACAACAAAACCCCACCAGACAUUAGUUAAGCCUGUCUCAGCGUACGGUCAGUGGUGUAAUGUUGUGAAAUACUCUAUGUGCUUUUUAUAGAUCAUUGGAAUGAGGUAGAAAUGUGUAGUUGGGUAUUAAUUUCAGCUAAAUAGUUAGGAACACAAAUGUGUGUUUUCAUCUGCUUAAAAACCACAGUUGAAGGUUGAGGAGAUUUCAAAUGGAGGCCAAGACUGUCUAAGUUACAGACGGAAGGGAAUUCUUGUAAAGUAAGCAUUUGUGUAGGGAGGUAAAGUGAAAUACAGGAGUCAGACAUUGAAUGAGAAAAAAACAAAAAUAACACCAAAGAAAUGGAGUAUGGAGAAACUUCACUGAGUGGCUUGGGAGACCUGGAGUUGGACCCAGACAUUGUGAGCGAGGAGGCGGGAAAAUUGUACUCUGAACUCCAGUCAGUUGUGGAGACUCAUGGAGCAGAUGUGGUUGAAUCACUGCUGCCCAUCCUGGUGUGGGUUCUUGAAGGCCUCGCCAGCUGUCGGGCUCAGCUGAGAGAGAGCGAGGAGGCUGUGGAGAGGGAGAAAGGAGAGAGAGCAGAUUUGCUGGAGAGGUAUGAGAGAGAGAGGACCUUGCGCAGGGAGAGCCAGGAGCGCUAUUUGGAGUUAGAUGAUCAGUUUGAGCAGGAGAGGAGGGCAAUGCGUGGAAGAGACAAGGAGCGGGAAAAGAGAGAAAGAGAUCUGGAAAAGAAAGCCAGAGAGCAAGCUGACCAGGUGGUGGCAUUGGAGGAGCAGAGAGCAAGUCUGGGCAGAGAGUUAAACACCUUGAAACACACACACAGUAAGUUAGUCCUGACAUAUCGAGAUCUACUGGAAAAGAAAAAGGAAUUGGAGAGGGAAGGGUCCCCUUUAAGAAAUCACAUUCGCUCCAAAAGUACAGAGCCACCUGAAGAAAAUGCAGCCAUCCAGCGUGAGGUGCCACCUGAAGACUCCAACUCCAACGUUUCUGAAACUUCAGCUUCCACAGACACUAAAGGGAUCAAAAUAGAAACCUUCAAUAAUUCAUUCUUUAUCAGUGACAUCAUCAGCUCUACUCCAGAGCUGGCCCAGCUGCAGGGCCUUAUUGAAGCAAGCACUCCCCUUCGAGCAGAAGGUGGAGAACCAAACUGCAGUCUCGAGGAAGAGAUCAGACCGAUUAAGGAGGAGAGAGGUGAGGAUGAAGAGGAAAGCAAUCAAGACGAUGAAAAAGCGGACAAGGAAAAGGACCUGGACAGCUUGGAGUGGGAGAUGAGAAACACAGAUUCUGUGUUUUCCGAGCUCUCGGAACUCAGUCAGGAAUACGUGGAGAGUGUGGACCAUGGAGUCAGUGUGAGAGGCAGCACAGUCCAGUUUGAAGAGAUUCUUUCACAGUAUGAGGAACUGAAACACACCCAUGAGAGAGUAGAUGCUGCUCGUAAGGCUCUUAUUGCUCGUGUAGAGGAACUGACAAAUGAGAGGUCUGCCCUGAACUUGGAGCUCACUUCCUGCCAGGAAACCAUCAACCGACUUGAGAGCAAAACCAAGGAAAUGGACGAAGAGACCAAAAGGCUCCACAAAGAACUGAAAGCAUCACAGGCUGAAGACUCUGAUGCUUCUUUGCCUAACUCUCACCGUCGGUUCUCACGUUCAGAGAUGGCUCGUGUGGUCAUGGAGAAGAACCAAUAUAAAGAGCGGUUGAUUGAACUACAGGAUGUUCUGCGGCGGACUCAGGCUCACGGUGUUACCAAGAAUGAAAAGAUCCCAGAAGACAGGAAGAGCAGUGUAUGGAAGAGGUUUAACCGUUUCCUUGGUUUGUCGAAGGACCAACUGGCCCCAGCUGCUUUGGCUCCUGCUGCCUUUGCCCCAGCUGCUUUGGCCUUUACUGUCCCCUCUGUUCCCUCUCCCACUACCUCACCAGUGGCCUCACCUCAUAACCCUCACCUCGUCAGUGUGACUCAGACAGAGGAUUCUCUAUCUCCCAGGCUGAGGAGGAGAGAGCUCUACCGGGAGAUCCGUUCUCACGUGUGGGGAAGUCUGGGGAAAAGACAGGUGCAUGGCUGGAGUGUGCCUCUUUCUCAGACUGGCACACAGAACACUGAGCCACUUCUGGAGCCUAAAGAUGUGCCUGUCCUCACACAGUUGCGAUUGCUCGACCAAAGAGAUGCUUCUGCUAAGCUGACCUGUGCUGUUGCAGUCCCACCAGAGGUAUCAGGAGAGCAGAAUUGUUCUGUCUGGGCAAUCACUGGACCCGCUUCCAGUAGUGAUGUCACAGUUAUUGACCCAGCACGGUCCAAUACCAUCCUGGAUCAGUUCAGCCUUCCGCCCACCUCUCCAGCUCUGUGCAUUUGUGCUGUGCCUCCAACUGGAGAAACAUCUGGGACUGUAUGGAUUGGAACACAGGACGGAGGCGUGCUCGUUCAUCCAGCCUCUGGCUCUAGGAGGCGCUGUAUGCAGUCAGUCAGUCUCUCGGAGGGGGUGCAUUCUCUUACGUUCUCACCAGGUCAGGUAAUUGCUGGAUUAGGAAACGGAAUGCUCGCCUUUUUCAGCUACAGUUCCGGUGGAUGGAAUCUUCACUCUCAUGAAGUAUUGUCACUGGGCAUAACUCCUCUGCAGCCCAUUCGCUGUUGCUUAGCAAAGAGCGGCUGUCUCUGGGUGGGAUACUGGAACAAAGUGUUGAUGAUUGAUGUUCAGAAGAGGGAAGUGAUGAAAUCAUUCACAGUGUCACAACGAAGCGAACAGCAGGUUCGCUUCCUGUGCGCAGCAGGAAGUGGAGUUUGGGCUUCCUGUCGGCUGGAUCCCACCCUUAGGCUCUUUGAUUGGACAACUGGACGACCACUACAGGAGGCUGAUGUUUCGUCAGUGAUAACCAAAGCUUUAGGCAAUGCAUUUCUGUCCCUUUCACCACUUCAGAUCUCUGCCCUGUCUGUGGUCAGUGGGAGGCUAUGGGUGGGCACAGGAAGUGGUGCUGUUUUCUCCAUCCCGUUAACACUCGGUUCUGAGUCUUCUAUCCCAUAUUGCACUUUGUCUUUAGCUCAGCUGUGCUUUCAUGGUCACCGUCAAGCAGUUAAAUUCAUCAUCUCAGCUCCAGGCUGCCGUGGUUCUUGUGUUUCAGCAGAUGGUGCUGCCUCUACCUCUCAUCUUAUCCUCAGUGGUGGUGAAGGCUACAUCAAUUUCCGUAUUGGUGAUGAAGUCAGUGAUGGACUUGGUGAAAAUGUCCCACAGAGAUCAGAACGAAGUCACUUAAUCAUUUGGCAGAGCCCGACUCAGUCUGUUCCUAGCUCCUCUCUUUGACACUAAUAUUGUCUGUAUGCUAAUAUGUACUGUAUUUAUCAUUUAGUGUUUGUCAUUUAGACGCACACUUUACAUGUUUGCCUUGCUGUGCACUUAUAUGUCUGACCCUUCUCCAGGUUAUUGCCUUUGAAAGAGCAAAGAAUGGAAUUAAGUGAUGUGUUGAUGUCAGACAUGUAUUACUUUAUAUAGCACUCAGAAUGAAUGACCCAGCAAAGAGAGUAUGCUGACAAAUGUUGCAGUGCAGUUUUGAUUUUGAUUUACUGUUUUGUUUCUCAGUUUUAACCUGUUUGGUACAGUAGUUCUUUGCAGUUUUGUGUUUUUUCUUUCCUAAUAUUGCAGAUUUGCGGCAAAAACGAUUGAGCAAUCAGACAGAUCGACACAUAAACUUGAAUCCGUACUAGAAAUUGUGGCCACCACAUCAUCCUCUCUAAAAGGAUGUUUUUAAUUAAUUUCUUAGUGGGUUCAUGUACAAUUGUCAAACUACAAGAAAACAAUGAGUGAGCAAACAGAGAUCAAUUCAGCUACGAUCAUUAUGCCUUGAUCGCAACGUGUACCUUAAUAACUAGUCCAUAUCAAUUAUACUGUGUAAAUUAUUUUAAUGUGAGGUCUGUUAAAUGCAGUAAGAAUUUGGAAAGUACCCCAGGUUGAUCAAACUAUUUUUAUACUUGGAACGUUGUUAGUAUUCAUGUAAAGCGAUGUGAAAUUUGCCUCAAGAUUUGCAUGUGAGUUCAGAAUGUUACAAUAUAGACAUUACUAUGAGGUUUGUAUUUGACAGAACAUGUCUACACUUGAACAUUAAUUAUUGAGAACUGGAAAUACUGGCCAAUUUAUGGUGUAUAUGUGAACACACAUCAGCCUGUAUUAUUAAAGUUUAAUUUACUUUUUUAA